AUGCCACAGUACCGAAGACAAGGGUAUGGACGAAUUCUCAUCGAAUUCAGUUAUCUUCUAUCUAGAAUUGAAAAGACAGCGGGAACCCCGGAAAACACCCUUUCCGGCUUGGGAAAAAUGACGUACGAUGCAUAUUGGAAAGGUGUUAUUCUCGAGUAUUUAGAUAAACACAGAGACAUUGACAGCAUAUGCAUCAAUGAUGUUAGCAGUGAAACUGGUUUAAUGAGACAAGAUAUUAUAGACACGUUCAAAUCUCUACACAUGGUUGUGGAAAUCUAUAAAGAAAUGACAAUAUGCAUUAGACUGAUAAACCAACAUCACGAAGAACCGGCUUUCAUCAGGUGCAUUCCAGGUUGCUAA